UUGGCGCUAUUUUAGUCACUUCUUGCUUUGAAUAUCGAUUGAAUUUGCAUAUCUCAUAGUUUCUUUUGGUUUCUUUGCCGCCUAUAAAGGUUUGCGCGUCAGCACUCGAUCCAUUAGUCUUGAUCUUGAUCUUGAUCUUGCUUUUUGAUAUAUCGAAUUCGGCUUGAGUUGAUUGUUGAGAUGAAACCGUUCGCUUGUAUUGUGGUCAUUGCCGCCGCACUUAUUGCCUGUGGUCAGGCGCAUAGUGUGCAGAAACGUUCUUUGGGCGGUCUACUGGGAGGACUUGGCGGCGGCGGCGGUGGUGGCCAAGGCGGUUGGAGCAGUGGUGGUGGCGGCGGUGGCUGGAGCAGUGGUGGCGGCGGCGGUGGUGCUGGCGGUAUUGGCGCCUUGCUUCAGCAGAAACUGGGCGGUUUGCUCGGAGGCGGUGGCGGCGGCGGCGGCGGUAGCCAAGGCGGUUGGAGCAGUGGUGGUGGUGGCGGUGGCUACUCAGGUGGUCAUGGUGGCUGGAGUAGCGGCGGCGGUGGCUACUCAGGUGGUCAUGGCGGUGGUUACUCUGGCGGUCAUGGCGGUGGUUACUCUGGUGGUCAUGGCGGCGGCGGCAGUAAGGUCAUCAUCGUUAAAGUCUUGAACUCUGGCGGCUCAGGUGGCGGUUACGGCGGCGGCCACGGAGGCUGGAGCGGUGGUGGUGGCAGCUAUGGCGGCGGUCAUGGUGGCUGGAGCGGUGGUGGCGGCGGCCAAGGCGGUUGGGGUGGCAGCGGUGGUUGGUAAAUUAUCAAUCACGCUAAGUCGUUGUAAUAUCAGCAGACCAACAACAAAGCAGAUAUUUAAUUUAAGCUAUUAAAGCAAGCAAUAUUUCCAUAGGCUUAAGCAUCUCUUUUAGACAUAGGUUCAUUAAUUUAAUGAAAUCAAAAAAUACAGUGGAAUUUGAAUAAAAUUUCGUUAAAAAUGUUAAAAAUAA